AUGGCAAAUUCUCCAUCGUACACGAAUGGUGAUGCUGAUGAUACAUUACAAGAUGACACAAUAAAUGAUGAUCCAGAACAAGAAGAUGAAAACAUUGUCGAAGAAGAAGAAAUACUUGGCGGUACUGGUGGUCAAGACGAAUCUGGAGAGGAAUCUGGUGAAGAUUUGUUCAAUGACGAUUAUGAAUUAGAUUAUCAAGCUAUACCGGAAUUAGAUCGAUAUGCCGCUGAGGGUGUUGAUGAUGAGGAUGUUGAGGACAUGACAAUUGAUCAGCGCCGAGAAGUUGAUGCAUUGAUGAAACGUCGAGAGCGAGAAAAACGACGACGUUUAGGAAUCGAAGAUGACUUUGAGGAUGAUGAAUCGGAUAUUGAAUCUGGACAUUUUCAAGGUCGUAAACGUCGACAAGAUGAAAGUCAAGAUGAAGUGGGAAUGGAUGAUGAUGCAAAUGCUUAUAUCAAAAAUCUGGGUGAUACACAAGGUCACAAAAUACAAGAUUGGGUUGUGAUGCCUGGUCCACACAAUGAAAUAAUUCGUCAUUUUAAACGGUUCUUACGUACAUUUCGUUUACCAAAUAGUAAACAAUCAUUGUAUCGUGAAGCAAUACGUCGUCUUGUUCAAGAACAAAGACAAAGUGUCAUUGUUGAUUUUGAACAUUUGAUGACCAACGAUGAAGUGCUAGCAUUUUUUCUAUUGGGUGCACCAGAACAAACAUUGAAAAUAUUUAAUGAGGCCAUAACUCAACUCUGUUUUGAACUAUAUCCAAAUCAUCGUGGCAUUGAUAAAGAAUUAUUUAUUCGAAUAAGUAAUUGUUUACAAAAUGAUAAUAUUCGUGAUUUAAGAGUUGAACAUUUGAAUAAACUAAUUGGAAUUAAUGGUGUGGUUACAACUUCAACUGGUGUACUUCCACAAUUGAGUAUCAUCAAAUUUAAUUGUCUAAAAUGUGGCUUUUCGUUGGGACCAUUUACACAAAAUCAAGAAAAUGAAAUUAAACCUGGUUCGUGUCCAGAAUGUCAGAGUAAUGGACCAUUUGAAGUCAAUAUGGAAGAAACAUUAUAUAGAAAUUAUCAACGAAUAUCAAUUCAAGAGAGUCCCGGAACAGUACCACCCGGACGUAUUCCACGAUCAAAAGAAAUUUUAUUGUUAGGUGAUCUUUGUGAUACAUGUCGGCCAGGAGACGAAAUUGAAGUGUUGGGUGUUUAUCGUAAUACAUACAAUAUAUCCUUGAACAUACAAAAUAACUUGCCAGUGUUUGCAACAAUUAUUGAAGCUAAUCAUGUGUCAACACGAGAGGAUAAGAUAUCGUUUGAAACAUUGACUGAUGAGGACAUUCAAGAUAUAAUAAAACUAUCCAAUGAGCCUCGUAUUGCUCAACGAAUUUAUGCCAGUAUGGCGCCAUCUAUUUAUGGUCAUGAAAUGGUCAAAAAAGCGAUUGCCUUUGCAAUGUUUGGAGGAGAAGGAAAAAAUCCCGGUGGAAAACAUCAAGUACGUGGUGAUAUUAAUCUUUUAUUAUGCGGUGAUCCAUCGACAGCUAAAUCACAAUUUUUGAAAUAUAUUGAAAAAACCGCUCAUCGGGCAGUAUUUACAACAGGUCGCGGUGCAUCAGCCGUUGGUUUAACGGCCUAUGUUCAACGUAAUCCAAUCACAAGAGAAUGGACAUUAGAAGCUGGUGCACUUGUUCUGGCUGAUCGUGGUGUCUGUCUUAUUGAUGAAUUUGACAAGAUGUCUGAUCAAGAUCGUACAAGUAUUCAUGAAGCAAUGGAACAACAAAGUAUUUCAAUUUCAAAAGCUGGCAUUGUUACAACAUUACAAGCACGAUGUUCUGUUAUCGCAGCAGCUAAUCCUAUUGGAGGCCGUUAUGAUCCAGCUUUGACAUUCAUGGAUAAUGUUGAUUUAAGUGAACCAAUAUUAACUCGAUUCGAUAUAUUAUGCAUUGUUCGUGAUGUCGCUGAUCCGAUUAAUGAUGAGCUUAUGGCAAGAUUUGUAACCGAAAGUCAUAUGAGACAUCAUCCACUUGCUGAUGAAAAUGAUAUAAAACAAAAUCAUGUAUUACCAAAUGUCUUUAAUGUUGAACCAAUUCCGCAAGAUAUGUUGAAAAAAUAUUUGAUUUAUGCUAAACGUCGUAUACAUCCGCGUAUGACCAGUGUUGAUCAAGAAAAAGUAUCUCAACUUUAUGCUAAACUUCGUCGAGAAUCGUUGGUUACUGGCAGUGUUCCCGUUACUGUUCGUCAAAUAGAAUCGAUGGUUCGUAUUGCUGAAGCACAUGCACGAAUGCACUUACGUGAUUUUGUUAAUGAUGAUGAUAUUAAUGUUGCAAUACAAAUGGUACUAGAAAGUUUUAUUGAAACACAAAAAUAUGGUAUUAUGAGAACAAUGAAAAAGGUGUUCCAAGGUUAUUUGACAUACAAAAAAGAUAAUAAUGAAUUUCUUUUAUUUUUACUUAAACAAUUGGUACAAGAAUUUAUUGCAUUUCAACGUAAUCGUUUUGGACUUGAUCGUCUGAAUGCAUCAAUUAAAAUCGCUGAGGAAGAUCUUAUUAGUCGAGCACGACAAUAUGGUGUACUGGAUUUACAACAAUUUUAUCAGUCGACAUUAUUUCGUUCUCAUGGUUUUAAAUAUGAAGAUAAAUCGAUUGUGCAAAUAUUGUAA